UUUCAUACUCUCAUACAGAAACUUCAAAUAUGUAUUUAACAUUUUAUUUAUUUUAAGUCAAAAAUGUCAACCACCAAAUAUAAGAAAGAAAGAAGUGAUCAAUUAAAUAUACGAUAUAAAUAAGGCAUUACACAAACACACACACUCAAAUAUCAGCACAAAAUCCCGCUAAAUCAUCCGUUAAAUGUUCCUAUUUUUGAAUAUCUUUUUUUUUUUUCCGGGACCUGUGCCUUUAAGACCAUGACACGUGACCGCGCAGGCAAGACGUCACACCCGGAAACGAAGUGGCUGUCAUUGCGAUGUUUUCAUGGAUGUUCUGUUUUCAAUGGAGAUGGAAGAUAUUUUUGGCAGCCACAGUGACAUCAGCUGAACCAUGAAAUGCUUCUCUCGUCGACGGCUGGAGAGGAGGCAACCCUGUCGCCUCCCUUACAGAGGAAACGACAGUAACUCCCACUGACACGUUGAAUCUGUGGCUGUUUUACGUGCAGGCAGCAGUCUGUCCCGUCGUGCUUUAUUGAUGUUUUUGCAAAAGGGUUUCGUACAAGACUGAUACACAUGGCCGAGCUAACAGCCAACUGACGUGAUGACCAUGCUGACUUUUGGAGCAAGAGCAGUCCUCUUUAACCUGAGGUACUCUUUCCACAAAGCGGGCUCCUUUACCCGAACCAGACUCAUCCACAACUCCAGGGCAUGUUUUGUCAAACGAGGGCAGAUUUUAACACAGAUUCCCAAGGUUACAUUGCUGUGUUUGGGUGCAGUGAAUGCAUCAUCCUGUGCUGCAAGAUGCCAAGAAGCAAUUCUCCCAUCCCCAAAGUCUGACAGACAGUCUCUAGCCAAAGUCCAAGUGCACAAAGUUAUAUUUUUCUUCCGCCUCACCCUUCGCGCGUUGCUGCUGCUCUUUAAAUUUGGCCCCCUCCUCCUCCUCUCCCCCUUGGCUCUGGUGUCCUCUCGCUGGGCAGGGCGCUGGCUGGAUGCUUUGCUAUGGGUGACAGAAACGUCUGGGCCCACUUUCAUCAAGCUGGGUCAGUGGGCGAGCACCAGGCGGGACAUCUUCUCUCAGGAGUUCUGCGAGCGCUUCUCCAGGCUCCAUGUAAGGGUCCGCCCUCACUCCUGGGCCCACACCAAGCAGUGUCUCCGGAGGGCUUUCGGGGAGGGCUGGAGGAGCGUUUUACAGAUCGACAGCAAAGAGCCAGUGGGUUCGGGAUGUGUGGCCCAGGUGUACAGAGGGUGGGCCAACGCGGACCAGGUUGACGACCCAGCUUUCCAGUCGCUGGUGGAGGAGAUGGAGAAAGAAGACUUACUGGAAGCUUGGGAGAUACCUGGUCUGAGAGGAGUCACCAGAUCCCUGUGGCAGCUCUGGAGGGGGAGGAAGGAGGGGGAAGGCUUUGAGGAAAGAAAUCACCCAAAGGUGCAGCAUGAGGAGGGCAGUGCAGAGAAGGGGCAUCUGAUACCUGUGGCUAUUAAGGUGCUACAUCCAGGCAUAAGGGGUCAGGUUGAAAUGGACCUGAUGCUGAUGAAAGCAGGAAGUUGGCUUCUGCACUGCCUGCCUGGUCUCAAGUGGCUCAGUCUGUUUGAGAUAGUGGAGGAGUUUGAGAAGCUCAUGACCAAACAGAUUGAUCUCCGGUUUGAGGCAAAGAACAUCGAGCGUUUCCGGGAAAACUUCCGCAACGUGGAGUAUGUCAAGUUCCCAACUCCGUUACGACCAUUUGUCACCAGGACCAUUUUAGUGGAGACUUUUGAAGAGAGUGAGCCCAUAUCCAACUACCUGAGCUCUGACAUUCCUCCGGAGGUGAAGCAGAAAAUAGCCAGGAUGGGAGUAGACGCAAUCCUGAAGAUGGUUUUUGUGGACAACUUUGUCCAUGCGGAUCUCCAUCCAGGGAACAUUCUGGUCAAGUGCUCGGGGCCUGUUCCUGGUUCCAGUGACAGCACUGGUGUCUCAGGGGAGGCCCAUGGUAAGACCACCCUCACUGACCUGUGGGACACUGUAGUGAUCAGCGUCAGGCCGGACCCGAAUCCUUUCCAGCUGGUGCUACUUGAUGCAGGCAUCGUAGCCCAGCUUAGUGACCACGAUCUCGCAAACUUGAAGGCUGUCUUCACAGCUGUGGUGCUGCAACAGGGUGAACGUGUGGCAGAGUUGAUCCUGAAUCAUGCCAGGGCUAAUGAGUGCCAAGACGUGCCACAGUUUAAGAAGGAGAUGGCUGAGCUGGUGGACCAAGCCCUCAGCAACACUCUCUCUCUGGGAAAGGUCCAAGUGGGUGAAUUGCUCUCCAAAGUCUUUGGUCUACUCAUCCAACACAAGGUGAAGCUGGAGAGUAACUUCGCCUCCAUUGUGUUUGCCAUCAUGGUGCUGGAAGGUCUGGGCAGGUCACUUGAUCCAAACUUGGACAUCCUGGAUUCAGCCAAACCCCUGCUGCUAAAGAACUAUACACAGCUCUGACACACACAUACACAUAACAGCAACACUAUACGCUUCUAUAUAGUAUAUCAGAAGAUACUGUAUCCUCCGUAUGCAUCAGUGACGGGUUGUCUUCAACCAUAAAAUGCACGAUUCCUUUGUGGAUCACAUGUUCACUGUCUCAUCACUACAUUUUAGCAGUGCUGAUGCCAUCAUUACCUCAUUGAGUUUUAAACUGUUGACGAUUCCACUUUCCUCACUGUUGCUCUUGAAUUUUACUUUAAGUACUUUCUGGUUGUAGUACAAAAAUUCCACCCACCAUAAUCGAUUUUAAGGAAACACUCACCGAGCCUAAUGAAGUAGAGUGUAUGCGUUUUAAAUGAGGCACCACGUAUUUAUUGAGUGCUAAUGGAGUCAGACGCAUCGUCAGAUGCACAGAUGGCUUCAGAGACCAUUUGUAGUGAUUUAUGACAUAAAACAAGAUCCCUAGUUGAUACUUCCCAUUUUACUUUUUGCUUUUUAAUGACUGAUAUUGACCUCAGGAUGUCUUUUAGCACUCCAUCUUUUAUUGCAUCUUAGAUAAUGUUGUCUAAUGGACGUAUCUGGUGUGAAUCAUAAUACCUGGUAACAUUUGUUCAGACUGACAUUUCAACAUUGACAGUGUGAAGGCUUUGGCUAAUUGUACUCACAGCUGACCCAUGUCUUUUGUUUUACCAUUUUAAAUUAAAUCAAUAAAAAGGGAAUCUAUACUAACUGGC